UAAAAAGGAGGGUUUCUACCCCCAGCUUAUGUCUCAAAGGCCUAAUAUUCCCCACUCUUCUUCAAUAGCUUUUGGUCUCCAUUCUCAUCUCCUGGUUUCCAGUGAGAUAAACCCUACCUCCAAUUGGUCUCACUAGUUUCAUAUUUUCUUUGAAUAUUCGACGAUAUGGGAGUCAAAGGUUUUGUUGAAGGAGGCAUAGCCUCAAUCGUCGCCGGAUGUUCCACUCAUCCGCUUGAUUUGAUCAAAGUCCGGAUGCAACUCCAGGGCGAAAGCCAUGUCCCGAAUCCGGCUGUUCAAUCUCUCCGCCCCGCUUUAGCCUUUCAAACCACCACUACCACCGCAUCCUCUGCCGUCCACAUGCCACCUCCUCCGCCUGUCAAGGCAGCGCGUGUUGGACCGGUCGCCACCGGGAUCAGGAUCUUCCAGACCGAAGGCGUGGCUGCUCUUUUCUCUGGCGUUUCUGCUACUGUUCUUCGCCAGACCCUCUAUUCCACUACCCGCAUGGGACUCUACGACAUCCUCAAACAAAAAUGGACCGAUCCGGAGACGAAAACGAUGCCUCUCUCUCGCAAAAUCGGCGCCGGAUUGAUCGCUGGCGGGAUCGGAGCCGCUGUGGGGAACCCGGCGGACGUGGCCAUGGUCCGGAUGCAAGCAGACGGACGCCUCCCCGUUUCUCAACGCCGUAACUACACCAGCGUCGUGGACGCCAUCACCCGCAUGAGCAAACAAGAAGGGGUGACCUCCUUGUGGCGUGGCUCGUCUCUCACCGUGAAUCGUGCGAUGCUGGUGACAGCAUCUCAGCUGGCUUCCUACGAUCAGAUCAAAGAAACGAUCUUGGAAAAUGGGUUGAUGAAAGAUGGGCUCGGGACGCACGUGGCGGCGAGUUUUUCAGCUGGGUUUGUGGCGGCGCUGGCGUCGAAUCCAGUCGAUGUGAUCAAAACAAGGGUGAUGAACAUGAAGGUGGAGGCGGGGCAAAAGCCGCCGUACGCGGGGGCGUUGGAUUGUGCAAUGAAGACGGUGAAGGCCGAGGGACCCAUGUCUCUGUAUAAGGGGUUCAUACCCACAAUCUCAAGACAGGGACCGUUUACGGUGGUGCUGUUCGUUACUCUGGAACAGGUCCGGAAGUUGCUUAAGGAUUUUUAAGGAUGAUGAUGAAAA